GGGGGGGGGACGUGAAUUAAAGAAGGCGAAGAAUGAGGCAACAAUAAGAAACAACAAAAAAUAUUACGAAAGGCGCAAGCCACGGCCCAGCGAGCAGCGGCGCUGGGCACAUGGGCGGCGAGCGAGAAGCCGGCGGCCAGCAGUUGUUGCGAGGAGAGCAUCUGAGGAGAGUUGCCGUCGGCGCGGGCGGACUCGUGAAAGCGCAAGGCGCGUCAGCCGCAGGUGUGCGCGCCUCCACCGACAAGCAGACCCCGGCCCUUGAGCCGACGCGCGCGCGCGCUCGCGCCCACGACGCUGUGCUGCCGCCGUCGUUGCUGCUGCCUACCGAGGCGCGUCCCCCCAUGCGCGCAGUUAGGCCUAGCUAGAAGAACGCCGCCGCACGAGACGAUCACCACGACGACACACGCACGGGGCCGGAUUACGAGAGGCGAGCAAAGCGGCGCACCACGUCGUCCCCCAUGUCCGUGGCCAACACCGAGAGCUCGAUGACUCUGAGCCAGAGCAUGGAUUCCGUCAACACGGUCGCCGAAGAAGAGGUGAGUGUCCCACGCUGUUGUUCUUGCUCACUGGAACCGUGCGGCCUUCAUUCGGUGCGAACCCUCUUCGUGAGUGGCCUUCCCAUGGACGCAAAGCCCAGGGAACUCUACCUACUAUUCCGUGCCUAUAAGGGAUACGAAGGAUCUCUUCUGAAAGUAACACAAAAGAAUGGAAAGACAUCUUCGCCAGUAGGUUUCGUAACGUUUUCCUCAAGAGCUGGAGCAGAAGCUGCCAAGCAGGAGCUUCAGCAGGGCGUGCGGUUCGACCCCGACCUUCCCCAGACCAUCCGGCUCGAGUUCGCCAAGAGCAACACAAAGGUUAGCAAACCGAAACAGCAGUCUCCUCCCGCCGCGGCCACGCACCCGACACUCCUGCACCCUAUCACGGGACAAGAAAUCAGCGCUGCCCUGCUGCCGGGGACCCACGACGGCUGGCCACACCACCCUCUCUCCUACGCUGAAGUGCCCGUCACCACUACCCUGCACACUGCGGCUCUCAUGCACCCGGCCCUCCAUGCGCAGCUGCCCGACAACCACUUAGUCACACCUGCCACAGUGGCUCACUGGAUAUGGCAUACUGCGGCGCACCCUGAACACCUCCAGGGGCCUCCGUUGACGGUGCCGCACCCCCUGUCACACGCGGCGCUGGCUGGUAGCGCGGCUGCGAUUCACGCAACCAUGCCGCCCCCGCACUUGGUCGCCAGCCCGGCGCUCGCGUCACCUGUCGGCUCCACCUCGUCUUCGGCUGCUGCAGCAGCGGGAACGCCACCCUGCUCCACGCUGUUUGUGGCAAACUUGGGACAGUUCGUCUCCGAACAGGAGCUCAAGGACCUCUUCGGAAGUUUCCCGGGUUUUUGCCGCUUGCGUAUGCACAAUAAAGGUGGCGCUCCCGUAGCUUUUGUCGAAUAUCAAGACGUCCGCCUUGCAACACAUGCUAUGAAUGCCUUGCAGGGCUGUGUACUGUUCUCCUCAGAUCGAGGUGGAGUCCGCAUUGAAUUCGCCAAAAACAAGAUGGGAGAGGUAUCCCGUGAAUGAUGAACUGGAACAGUCGAGAAAACGCUUCAAGUUUCCUUAGGUGAAUCUCGGUGUGUGCUCGAGAGGUGUACACAGCCUGCUGCAAUGCAAGCAACCAAAGGCUCGGACGAUAUUUUCAGUACACUGCAUUAAUUGCGUUUUCCGCGGGAGACGCCAACUAGUUUGUGAUGAAAAAAAAAAGUUAUUUAGGCAAGCGAUGGGUGUUUAGUGAAUGACAUUGUUUUUUUUCUGAUUUUCUUUGUAUAACGCGACUGUCUGGUUAUGUUGCUACCCUUAUUGUGCUUCGGCGUAUCGGCACAGCGUUGCUUCUAUCCGUGUGAGAUGACGAUACUGUAUCGGCGUGAUAGAUGAGUCUAUUAUAGAUUAGAUAAGUCUUUUGCGCGGACCGCUGGGUUGGCUGGCAUCAGAAUGCCCGCUAUACGCUUUAAAAAUGUCGUUGUUCAGGAUGUACGUGUGCGCGCUUAGUGUUUCUUUAUCGCGUUCUUAUGUCUUAAAAAAGUCUGGAAGCUGUCCUUUCUGAUACAGCGCAUCCAGACGUUUUUGUGCUUACCUUCGCGGCGGUUGUGCCAUGAGUUGGAUCGCCCUUCGCGGAAAAAAAAAAAACUGCGGAGAACGGAUAUUUGUGAACUCUGCAGUAUACCCCAAAGUACAGCCAGCUAACACAGCUAUCGCGAGUACAUGUUGACACCAAAGAGACAGCUGUCUGAACCGAAAUAAACAGAAAACAAGGAAAUUGGGUUCACAAUGUUGUACUAGUCACAGUGUACAAAGAAAAACUGUAAUCACUAUAUUUAUAGAAAGGCGAUUUUUAUCGUGUGUGUCAUUAAGAUAUAUCCUAAAUUUACAGCUUAAUUUAUUUAAAUAAUAGUGUGAAGUUUUAUUGUGCGAGCACCCGAAAGAGGAUGCUGACUCUGUUUAAAGAUAGUACUGUGGACAGGGAAAACUUAACAUUAUAGAUUUCAAUACCAUACUUUGCUUCAAAGAUGUAUUUUUGUGAGGCAGAAACAUUCCCAGUGACCUCUGAAUCCAACUGGCCUUGUGUAUUUUUUUGAACUCAUUACUAACGCCCUUUCUCUAUCAAUAAUCAUUUGCUUUUCAUUAUUUUUGGGUCGUGCCGAUAUGUUUUGUUUUGUUAUGUAAUUUACAAGCGCUACUUUUUUUUUCAUUCAUAACCACUGAAUAUGUUACCGCUUGUUUGGACCAUUUUUUGCAUGAUUAUUCUGUAUUGUAUUUUUUGUUACUAAAGCUAUUUAAUUACAAAACCUUGA